GUUUAGCUCAUUCGGCCUCUCCAUUCUGCCAGAAUGUUGCCUUUCUCUCCCCUUGAAAAGCUUAUCUCCCCUUGAAAAGCUGAUCAGCUUUAAUCAAACAACACAGGACUUUUGUAUCACAGGCUUCAGUUUAAAACACUUGAGCCCUUUCUUGGAUGAUGGAUUCUAUCUUUUCUGUAAUUGGAUCCUAUGUGGACUUUGAUGUCAAAAGUCUGCUUCUCUUCAUUGCAGUUUUCAUCCUCACAACAGAUUUUAUCAAAAACCGCCAGCCUGCCACCUUUCCUCCAGGACCAUGGGCUUUUCCGAUCGUGGGCAACAUGUUCUCUGUAGACCACAACAGAACACAUCAGAGUAUGAUGCAGUUAGCAGGGAAAUAUGGAGAUGUAUACAGCCUGCGUAUGGGCAAGGUGCCGAUUGUGGUCUUAAAUGGAUUUAAGGUUUUUAAGGAAGCUCUUGUAAAUCACGGACACAGCCUGGUGGACCGCCCAGUCAUGCCUUUGACGAAUGAACUAAACUAUGGACUGGGUAUUAUAUCCAGCAAUGGGAACUUAUGGAAGCAGCAGAGGCGUUUUGCGCUUUCAACCCUCAGAAAUUUUGGACUCGGUAAAAAGGCGCUAGAACCUGUCAUCUUGGAGGAAUUUACCUAUUGUUCAAAAGACCUUCAUAGCUAUAAAGGUGUGCCAUUUAAUCCGCGCCCCAUCAUCAACAACGCUGUCUCAAACAUAAUCUGCUCCCUGGUUUUCGGACAUCGCUUUGAGUACACGGAUGAGAACUUCAGGAAACUGAUUAGCUUCUUUGAAAAAUCUCUUCAGAUACAAAUGUCACUCUGGGCAUGGUUUUACAACUCAUUCCCUCUGCUGAUGAGAUAUUUGCCAGGACCACACAUCACAUUACGGCACAUCUUCAAUGACAUAAAGGACUUCAUAAGAGAAGAACUUAAACAGCACAAACAAAACUGGGACCCCUCAGACCAAAGAGACUACAUCGACUGCUACUUGAAUGAGAUACAGAUGAGUAAGGCCCAGACUGACAACACUUUUGAAGAGGAAAAUCUUGUCAUGUGUGUCUUGGAUCUGUUUGUUGCUGGCUCUGAAACCACUACCAGCACCCUACUCUGGGCUUUUCUCUACAUGGCAAAGAGUCCUGAGAUCCAGGCAAAGGUCCAGUCUGAGAUACAUGAAGUAGUUGGAAAGUCCAGAGAACCAUCAACAGCAGAUCGUGUAAACCUGCCUUACACUGACGCUGUCCUCCACGAGAUCAUGAGAAUGAGCAACGUAGUACCUCUAAGCCUGCCUCAUAACACAAACCAUGAUAUACAGUUGGAAGGAUACACAAUUCCAAAGGGAAUUACAGUCAUUCCCAAUCUGACUUCGGUGCUAUACGACAAGAAUGAGUGGGAGACCCCCUUUACCUUCAACCCAAGACACUUUCUGAGCAAGGAGGGGAAGUUUGUGAAGCCAGCUGCUUUCAUUCCUUUCUCUGCAGGUAAGCGGCUGUGUCCAGGGGAAGGCCUGGCCAGGAUGGAACUUUUCCUCUUCUUUACCUCCUUCAUGCAGCACUUCACCUUCUCUAUGCCUGCUGGGGUCAAACCCGCAAUGGACUCACAGUUUGGCAUAGUUCUGUCACCCCAUCAGUAUGAAAUCUGUGCAACCUCAAGUUAAGAGAAGCACUGAUUGACAAAAAAAGUCCAAAAAGUAAUUGGCAUAAUGGGUUUUUUUUGUCCUCAAGACUGCUUUAUGGUACAGAAUAUUUCUAAUGAAUUCUUUGC